AUGCCAGUCCUCACUCAGUACACCUAUGUGUUCGUCAUCGGCACCUUCUUUGCCAUGUUGGAUGCGUUCAACAAUGGUGCCAACGAUGUUGCCAACGCUUGGGCUACUUCUGUCUCCAGUCGCAGUAUCUCGUACAGAGCUGCAAUGGUCUGCGCCUUGGUCUUUGAGCUUCUCGGUGCUCUGACAGUGGGCGCACGUACCGCCGACACCAUCAAGAACGGUAUCAUUCCCAAUGCCGCUUUCCAGGGCAAUGCCGGUGUUCAAAUGCUCGCUUUUACUUGCGCUCUUGCUGGUGCCUCUACCUGGGUCAUGUGGUGCACUCGUCACUCUGCCCACGUUUCCUCAACUUACUCUUUGAUCUCGGCUGUCGCUGGUGUUGGUGUUGCCACUGCUGGUGCUCGCAACGUUGUGAGUACACAUCCCCGGCGCACUAGGCAGCGCACUUUCGCUCACGCUUCUAUCGCUCCUAUUCACACAGCAAUGGGGUUGGAACAACGGUUCAGGUCUUGGUGCCAUCUUCUCCGGUCUUGCGAUGGCUCCCUUCGCCUCAGCAGUCUUCGGCAUGAUCAUCUUCUCCCUGAUCAAGUUCACCGUGCACAUCCGCCGCAACCCAGUCCCAUGGGCCGUCUACACGUCGCCAUUCUUCUUCCUCGUUGCUGGUACCGUUUGCGCUCUCUCCAUUGUCUACAAGGGCUCUCCCAACCUCAAGCUCAACGCUCGUCCACCCUGGUUCAUCGCCUCGGUCACUCUUGGCGUUGGCUUCGGUCUUUUCUUCCUUGCCGGUCUGUUCUUUGUCCCAUGGCUCCACGCCAAAGUCAUCAAGAAGGACCAGGAGCUCAAGGCUUGGGAAGUCAUCAAGGGCCCUCUGCUUUGGAGCCGCCCCUCGCACGCUUCGGAGUCCGCCGCUGCCAACGUGCCCAACUACGCCGUCGUCCAGCACGGCGACGAGUCUGCCACCUCUUCCGUCGACGGUCACUCUGGUGCUGCUUACAAUGAUGAGAAGAUCGCCAUCGAUGAGAACUCCAACCCCGCCGUCAACGAACUCGUUGCUCCUCAAAAGUCGUACAAGGAGCUCGAGGCUGAGGCCACCGAGCGCUUCCACGCCAAGCUCCGCGCUGGCAAGGGACCUCUGGCAUGGGCCAUGCGCUUCUUGCACAACAACCCCAUGGGUGCCGGCAUGAUCUACGAGAGGCACAACCUGGUCACUGCAGUCAGGCGCGUUCCCGCUAUGAUCGUCGUUGGUGCUCUGUACGGUAUGAACUACGACAUUCACGCUGCCCAGAUGGGAACGGCCGGAACACCCGAAGGCGCCCGCAUGGAGAAGGUCUACAACGCAGCCACAAAGUACCCCAACGAGGUCGAGCAUACUUACAGCUUCAUCCAACUGAUCACCGCAUGCACUGCUUCUUUCGCUCACGGUGCCAACGAUGUCGGUAAUGCUGUUGCUCCCUGGGCUGUCAUCUACUCUGCAUGGUCCACUGGAGACGCAGCGGCAUCCAAGCUUCCAGUUCCUCUCUGGCAGAUUGCCGUGCUCGCACUCGUCUUGGUCCUUGGUUUCGUCACCUACGGAUACAACAUCAUGCGGGUCAUGGGUUCCAAGUUGACCUACCACAGUCCUUCUCGUGGAACUUCCAUGGAGCUCGCAGCCGCCAUCACCAUCGUCAUCUUCUCUCAGUACAAGCUGCCAGUUAGCACCAGCAUGUGCAUCACUGGUGCUACUGUCGGUGUCGGUCUCAUGAACGGCAAGCUCCAAGCUGUCAACUGGCAACGUGUCGGUCUCCUCUUCCUCUCUUGGGUCGUCACCAUUCCCAUCGCUGGUCUGCUCGGUGGUAUCCCCAUGGGCAUCAUCCUCAACGCUCCUCAAUUCGGCCGCGUCUGA